AUGGUUUCUAAACUGAGCCAGCUGCAGACGGAGCUCCUGGCGGCCUUGCUCGAGUCGGGCCUGAGCAAAGAGGCGCUGAUCCAGGCGUUGGGUGAGCCGGGGCCCUACCUGCUGGCCGGAGACGGUCCCCCGGACAAGGGGGAGUCCUGCGGUGGCGGCGGUCGAGGGGAGCUGGCUGAGUUGCCCAACGGGCUGGGGGAGACGAGGGGCUCCGAGGACGAGACGGACGACGAGGGGGAAGACUUCACGCCGCCCAUUCUCAGAGAGCUGGAGAACCUCAGCCCCGAGGAGGCAGCCCACCAGAAAGCCGUGGUGGAGACCCUGCUGCAGGAGGACCCGUGGCGUGUGGCUAAGAUGGUCAAGUCCUACCUGCAGCAGCACAACAUCCCGCAGCGGGAGGUGGUCGACACCACCGGCCUCAACCAAUCUCACCUGUCCCAGCACCUCAACAAGGGCACCCCCAUGAAGACACAGAAGCGAGCCGCCCUGUACACCUGGUACGUCCGCAAGCAGCGAGAGGUGGCCCAGCAGUUCACCCACGCAGGGCAGGGUGGGCUGAUUGAAGAGCCCACGGGCGAUGAGCUACCAACCAAGAAGGGUCGGAGAAACCGUUUCAAAUGGGGCCCAGCAUCCCAGCAGAUCCUGUUCCAGGCCUAUGAGAGGCAGAAGAACCCCAGCAAGGAGGAGCGGGAGGCGCUGGUGGAGGAGUGUAACAGGGCGGAGUGCAUCCAGAGGGGGGUGUCACCCUCACAGGCGCAGGGGCUGGGCUCCAACCUCGUCACAGAGGUGCGCGUCUACAACUGGUUUGCCAAUCGGCGCAAGGAAGAAGCCUUUCGGCACAAGCUGGCUAUGGACACGUACAGCGGGCCGCCACCAGGGCCAGGCCCAGGCCCUGCGCUGCCUGCCCACGGCUCCCCUGGCCUGCCCCCACCGGCCCUCUCCCCUGGUAAGGUCCACGGAGUGCGCUAUGGACAGCCUGCAACCAGUGAGGGGGCGGAAGUGCCCUCAAGCAGUGGUGGUCCCUUGGUGACAGUGUCUGCACCCCUGCAUCAAGUGUCCCCCACGGGUCUGGAGCCCAGUCACAGUCUGCUGAGCACAGAAGCCAAAUUGGUCUCGGCCACUGGGGGCCCCCUGCCCCCUGUCAGCACCCUGACAGCACUGCACAGCUUGGAGCAGACAUCCCCGGGCCUCAACCAGCAGCCCCAGAACCUCAUCAUGGCCUCGCUUCCCGGGGUCAUGGCCAUAGGGCCUGGUGAGCCUGCCUCCCUGGGCCCCACGUUCACCAACACGGGCGCCUCCACCCUGGUCAUUGGCCUGGCCUCCACGCAGGCACAGAGCGUGCCGGUCAUCAACAGCAUGGGCAGCAGCCUGACUACCCUGCAGCCCGUCCAGUUCUCGCAGCCUCUGCACCCUUCCUACCAGCAGCCGCUCAUGCCCUCCGUGCAGAGCCACGUGGCCCAGAGCCCCUUCAUGGCCACCAUGGCCCAGCUGCAGAGCCCCCAUGCCCUCUACAGCCACAAGCCUGAGGUGGCCCAGUACACCCACACGGGCCUGCUUCCGCAGACCAUGCUCAUCACCGACACCACCAACCUGAGCGCCCUGGCCAGCCUCACGCCCACCAAGCAGCUGCCCUUCUGCCAGGUCUUCACCUCAGACGCUGAGGCCUCCAGUGAGUCCGGGCUUCACACACCAGCGUCCCAGGCUGCCACCAUCCACAUCCCCAGCCAGGACCCUGCUGGCAUCCAGCACCUGCAGCCCACCCAUCGGCUCAGCGCCAGCCCCACUGUGUCCUCCAGCAGCCUGGUGUUGUACCAGAGCUCCGACUCCACCAACGGCCAUAGCCACCUGCUGCCAUCCAACCACAGCGUCAUUGAGACCUUCAUCUCCACGCAGAUGGCCUCUUCCUCCCAGUAA